AUGGAGUCGCCGGCGAGGACGGCCGACCUGGGUGCGAGUGCAACCGCUGCUUCGACGGGCCGGACUGCUCGAUUCGAACGCCCAACUGCACCGCCGAUGCUAACAGCGAUGACCCGCUGUUCCUGGAGCCCUACUGGAAGCGGCACGCGGCAUCGUCUCAGCUACGCCACCACCGACGGCCUCUACCAAUCCGUCGAGCUCGAGAACCACAUCCGGCGGCUGCACAGGGCCGUCGGCAACGCCGUCGUGGACGACAAGACCUUGGUGUUCGGCGCCGGCUCCACGCAGCUCAUCAACGCGCUGGUGCACGCGCUCUCCUCGGACGCCGACGCCGACGCCUCGCCACCGGCCCGCGUGGUCGCCACCGUGCCGUAUUACCCGCCGUACAGAACACAGACAGCGAUGUUCGACGGCCGCGAGUACAGAUGGGGAGGAACCACGGCUGCAUGGGCCGACGCGUCACGAAACUCCAGCGACGGCAGCAGGUUCGUCGAGUUCGUCACGUCGCCGAACAACCCCGGCGCCCUGCUCCGCACGGCCGUUCUGCGCGGCUCGGCGGUGAUCGCCGACCACGCCUACUACUGGCCUCACUUCACGCACAUCGCGGCACCGGCCGACGAGGACGUCAUGCUGUUCACCAUGUCCAAGCCAUCUGGGCAUGCCGGCAGCAGACUCGGAUGGGCGUUGGUCAGGGAUGAGAAGGUGGCCAAGAGGGCGUACGAGUACGUGCAGAACAGCAUCAUGGGUGCCUCCCGGGGCACCCAGCUGCGGAUGCUGGGGAUCGUGAAGGUCAUGGUGGCCAACCUGCACGGCAAAGACGACAUCUUCGGCUUCGAGCACGACGUGAUGAGGAGCAGAUGGCGCAGGCUGAGCGCCGUCGUGUCGCGGUCCCGCCGCAUCUCGCUGCAGAGGAUCAUGCCCCAGUACUGCACGUACUUCAACCGGGUCAGAGAGCCAUCGCCUGCCUAUGCAUGGGUGAAGUGUGAGAGGAAGACGACGACUGCUACGAGGCGCUGA